AUGGACCGUCCCAAGCUGACAGGCCACCGCCGGCUUCCCCCAUCGCUCAUCGACAAGGACCGGAAAUGUCAAAACUGCCACCAGCCCGGCGCGACCAAGGCGUGCUCCGGUUGUAAGAUUUCGGACAUCGGCUCCAUCUGUACUCGUUACUGCAAUGACGCCUGUCAGAAGCAGCACUGGUCCCUCCAUAAGCCCAUUUGUCGGGAUCGCCGCCGCCUUGCUAGGGCCGUCCGACUUCUUACCGAGGUCUGGGAAGCCUUUUCUACUCUCGCCUAUGACAGAUACUUGACAUACAAAGUCGAGAAGGGCGGCUUCAUCUCUGCCCAUGGCGAGCCGGAUCUCACCAAGGACCUCGGAUGGACUGGAGAGACCAUAUUCCGCGACUUCCAUCGAGACGUGGUGCCUAAUGAUGCUGAAGACGCGGUGAAGCUGGCAAUUCUUCAUGAUUGUAGUUGCGGCGAAGUCAUCUCAGCCGGCUUAGGGCUUGUCGAACUCUUUUUGAAGCCUGUUUGUUCCACCAUUCACGAGGCGAGACUCCACCCACAAGAUCUCGCAAUGUUCAUUAUCCCCCCUGGCGGCAUCGCCGCAGCCUGUAACACCCACUGGGUGCUCUAUGUUCAGGUCAACAGCGGUGAGAGCUUCGCCAUCGACAUCACCGGCGCUCAAUUUGGCUGGCACGAAAAGAUGUAUGAGUGGGAUGUCUAUCUCCAGCAUCGUGCUAUCUUUGACCGCUGUCAGAAGCUUGGAGAUUAUAACGGUUACUGGCGGGCUAAAAUGGUGGCUUAUGAGUCAAACACUAUCCAAAGGCAAGCCUACGAGCUUCGAAGCCAAAUCUGCACAGGAACUGAAGAGGCUCUCAAGGCAUUCCUCGCCCUGAAGCAUGCGAAUGUACUUUCGCUCGUGUCGACACGCGACGCUGCGGUGUUUUCCGCUCAGAAGACGGAGCUCAUCGAUCGAGCUGUCUCCUAUAUCAAGACAACGAUCCAUAAACUUACGGUCGUGCAAGUUAAAGGGAGAUGGUAUAUGGAACUGAUGGAGGUGAUCCCUGGCAAAUUCAGAUUAGAUCCCAGAGUUGUCGAUGAAGAACGCUUUGCCAAAAAGAUGGAGAAAGCUUAUUUCACACGCGAGGAAGUCGAGGAACUUCGGUCCCUCGGUCUGGGCAUUUGA